CCACCAGCCCAACUGUUUUCCUCUUCACUGUCAACGCAGACUUCCACAAUGGCUGGUGUGGCAUCUACGUUGGCCAAGAAGAGGGCAUUGGCCGCUGGGUUUGGCACUAAUGCCAACGCGUCAAAGUACCUAAACCAAGACUUCCAAUCUCUCAGGAGCGAGUGUCUGAGAAAAGGUUCGAUAUUUACCGAUUGCACUUUUCCGGCUGCACCCGAGUCGCUCGGAUUCAAAGAACUCGGCCCGAAUACUUCCAAAACCAGAGGUGUGCAAUGGAAGCGACCCGGGGAACUGGUGUCCAACCCAGAAUUCAUAGUUGGUGGAGCCACGAGAACCGACAUCUGCCAAGGAGGUCUGGGUGACUGCUGGCUCCUGGCAGCCAUCGCCUCUCUGACCCUGAAUGAAGAUGUGAUGGCCCGGGUCGUUCCUGAAGGACAAGGAUUUGGACGUGGAGAGUACGCUGGGAUCUUUCACUUCCAGAAUUACUGGUAUUCUCCCCAUGACCUUCUCUCGACCCCUGACCCCUGA